GGACAUUGUUGAGAUGACGGCACUUCCGCCCAUAAAUUAGCCUGUGGAGCUAGCAAACUAUUCUCUUCUUAAAUGAAUGAUGAUGUAGAAGUAUAUGUACACUAAAAGUGUGUUUUUUAGUCGGAUUUAAAAUACUCCUAUGAUUAAUCUGCUGCACCUUGGACUGGUAUACGAUAAGGAAGCGACAUCGAUGUUAGAUCACUUCAGCUAAAAACACCCAAAUGCUAAGGAGUUUAAGCUAAGCUAGUUUGUGAUUAGCCUUCCAUGUGCGUGGGGGGCAGGAAUGAUGCAGGACAUAUUUAUAAUAAUGCAGUAUAUUUCCUUAUUACUUCUGGUUUAUCCUGCUGCAUACCAGCCCGGUGAGGCGUGUGCUGCUGCCGGAGAGGAGGAAGGGGGCACCAGCAGCAGCCCCGCCGCAGCCCUGAUACUGUGCAGGGCGUGCGGACACGAGCUGGCGGACGGGACGGACAUCCACAAUGUUCAGAGCCGGAUGGCGCUCUCCAUCCGCAACGAUACGUCGAUCGGGAGCCGAAGGGUUAACGUCCAGCUUUUUGAAAACCCCCACGGACACCAGUUUGAGGUGAUUACUUUCAGGAAAUCGGACGUUACCCUGCACUGGCCGGCAGAUAAACACUUCUCCUGGUUCCCGGGCUUCUCAUGGACGCUGGCUACCUGUCCACGGUGUGGAACUCAUUUAGGUUGGGCCUUCCAGCCCAGUGACUGGCCGGAUACAGUCACAAAAAACAGAUUUGAGGAGUCGGAGCAUACCUUCCUGGCUUUAAUCACCCAUCGUCUUUUAAGAGAAGACUUUGCUUCAAGCCUGCUUAUGAUUCCAAAAUCCUUCAAGAGUUGAUGGGACUUUCAACUGUUCAAUGAACCCAGGUGCCUCUGCCACUACCAAAAUAUAUUUUUUCAAUAAAUGUCUAUGCACCCACAUGUUAACACAUUAUGUUUUAUUAUUGUAACAAAGAAAGUUUUACACCUCAAAUUUAAAAUGGUUAAUUUACCCCCCCCCCCCAGCAGAAAAGGAAAUGUGACUUUAUGUCAAUUCUAUGUUAUAAGUCGUUUUUUUUUUUUUUUUACCCAUAAAGCAGUGGGGGCCAAAAUGUACAAGCUUGUUUUUUUUCCAUUUUGUUCUUUAUUAAAAAUGUCAUUUCAAAUCUCAUGGAUAUCUGUAAAACAAUACAAUGAAAAAAAAAGUCCCAUAGAAAUGGUGUCAAAAUAACCACUCUCCCCAAUAACCAACAUACUCCUGCCCCACCCCCCCUCCCACUAAACAUUACAAGUCAAAAGGAAUGAGCUGGUACUCGUUAACCACAUAAGGGAAAACAACAGUUUUUCAUCUAGGGAUGAAACCCCAACUGAAAAAAAAAAAAAA